UUCAAAUGUCAGUCGAGCGGGCGUUUAUAUAGUGGGGAUUUUAUGAAAUAUUUCAUUUUGUCGUAAAAUCAUACAUUUAUAUUGACUUUGGAAGCUUUGUUAUGAGUGAUAACGUUGGCGGAAACAGAAAUAUUUCAAUGAUUUGUGUGUUUUUAUAAACAUAGUGUUAAAUGCUCGUAUUACUUGUCGCGAUGGUAGACUGAAUGCGUGCGCGCGGUCAGUGUUAGAGCUGCAGCAUGCUACACCGGUAAUCAUCAGCUCUGCGCUCGCUAAUUUCCAGCGUGAUGUCAGGCGCGGCGGCGAGCAACGCCGGUGCAGGCGGGGGGCCGCCGCCCGCCGCCACCACGCUCGGCGGACUCGGCGGUUCUCUCGAAGAUAAGGACUGCGACUUACUGUGCCCUGUCUGCUUCGAACUCAUAGAAGAGGCGUACGUGACCCGCUGCGGGCACUCUUUUUGCUACGCGUGUAUCAGUAAAUCGGUAGAAUUACACCGAAGAUGUCCGAAAUGCGGCGCUGCGCUUGCAUCACGCGACCACAUCUUCCCAAACUUUUUGCUCAAUGAACUAGUCGCCAAACGGCGCCUACGUCAGACCCGGCCCGCGCCCGCCGCACCAGGGAGCGAAGGUGCGCGUCUGCGCUCACUGUUAGCUGCUGAAUCGCGUCACUUAGCGUUGCCUGAAGUGGACUCUAUGCUGGAAUUACUGACACGUCGUAAACGUUUGUUAGAGGCAGAGUGUGCAGCCGCGCAUCAUCGCCUGCUUUAUGAAUUUCUAGCGCAUCUUCAUCGCCAUCGACAACACCAACUCGAGCAGCUUGCGCGCGAAGCUAGUCUCGUGCAAAAGGACAUGGAUCACGUGGCAGGUGUAUUAAAGGAAUUGCACGCAGGUGCCGCAGGUCUGGCUCGCAUAGGCAGCGAAGAUGAGGGGACAGUAGCUUCAGGAGGUGCGAGCGUUGACGCAGUGCGCGCGCUACGUCGCGAGAUCGCCGACAUUGCCGGUAACCUCGCGGACACUGCCGGAAACGUUGAUGGUAGUCAGACUGGAGGAUCAGAGGAGGAAAGUUUUGCCGGAGGUUCAGGAUGCGGAGGUGGAGGUGGAGAGGCACUCGCAGCUCGCUGGCGUCGUCUUACCGCGCACUUCGACGAUUUCGUGCAGUGCUACUUUGCGCAUCGGGCGGAUGAGCUGUACUUCCCAGCGUCAGGGGCGGCUACGCCUGCGCCGCCUUCACACACAGCUGAGGGCAUCACACCAGGACUUGCUGCACCGGUGACCACGACGCCCGCUCCCAACCCUGUGCACCCAACUACGGGCGGCAGCACGCCUGUGGGUUCGGAAGCGGACCACGUGCCGCAAGGGCCGAGCGAAUCCCGAGCGCAAAGUGCUGCAGGUGGAGAUCAACGCGCGCCCGAACAAUGCGCGGACGCGAGCGACGCGGUUGAUGACGGGCGUCUGCGAUCGGCACAUCGACACUCGCGCGGGCUGGAUGCUUUUCGCGAUGACCUGGUCGCGUUCACAGCAUACCGUGCACUACGCCCCCUAGCCACUCUGUCCUAUUGCAGCGACGCAAUUAACUACUCCACGAUCGUGUCCACUAUCGAGUUUGACAAGGACGAGGAAUUCUUCGCUAUCGCGGGCGUCACAAAGCGUAUCAAAGUGUUCGAACUAGAGGGAGUUGUGCGAGAUGCAGUAGACGUGCACUAUCCUUGUGCAGAGAUGCAGUGUUCACACAAAAUUUCAUGCGUGUCAUGGAAUGCGUAUCAUAAGAAUGUUUUGGCGUCAUCGGAUUACGAAGGCACAGUUUCGGUGUGGGAUGCAGCCACGGGCCAGCGUACGCGCGCUUUGCAGGAACACGACAAGCGCUGCUGGUCAGUGCAUUUCAAUCGCGCCGAUGUGCGCCUAUUGGCAUCUGGCUCGGACGACGCUCGCGUCAAACUGUGGGCAUUGAACGCGGACCGCUCGGUGGCGACGCUUGAGGCCAAGUUCAACGUUUGUUGUGUUCGAUUCAACCCACGCUCAUCGUGUCACUUGGCAUUCGGCUCGGCCGAUCAUUGCGUUCAUUAUUACGAUUUACGCGCGCCGCGGCAACCGCUUGCAGUGUUCCGCGAUCAUCGCAAAGCUGUGUCCUAUGUGAAGUUCCUGGACGCGCGCACUCUCGUGUCCGCGUCAACAGAUUCGCAGCUGAAACUUUGGCGCGUGGAGUCGCCGCGUUGCGUGCGCUCUUUCACUGGCCACGCCAAUGAGAAAAACUUCGUGGGGCUCGCCACUGAUGGCAAGUACAUCGCAUGCGGCUCCGAGAACAACGCUCUGUACGUGUACUAUAUGGGGUUGUCGAGGCCGCUGCUCGCAUAUCGGUUCGACGCGGUGCGUGGAUUUCUGGAGCGUGAGCGGCGCGAUGAGGAGGCGUCAGAGUUCGUGUCCGCAGUGUGCUGGCGCCGUUCGCCGGACCGGCCCGUGCUGCUCGCCGCCAACAGCCAGGGCACGAUCAAGGUGCUCGAGCUCGUGUGACGUGCUCACUUGCCCCAAUUAUUCAAAAAUGGCGCUUGUGACGCAGCUGUGAUAUAACUGCUGAAAUGUGACAUUGUACUAGUAUGUGUUCACAAGCUAGUGAUCCAUUAGUGAACUGUAUAUGUGUUGUAGUGUGAAGUGGCUUCCCUGUAUGUAGCUCGUGGAUAGUGUAGAUCGUACUUCCUGAGACUCAAACCACUGCAGAGGUCCUAGCUGUAAGCUAGAUUAUUGGUGCCUGCAGUUGGAUAUGUGAUUACAAGCAAUCUUCGUGGGGACGUAGCAUCUACAAAUUGUUAUGUGUCUAUCAAGUAACAGAGAAUAAAAAAAGUAUAUCUAAAAUAUGCACAAUAUUAGUGGAUGGUACGCCGCCGCGGUCGCUUGUUCCGAUCCGCUUUAGUCCAUAAGUACCAUGUGUUGUCGUUGCUGUAUGCCCAGUAAAGUGACCCCACUCCGAAAA